UUACACAAGCAAGGGAAGGCAUUUUACAACAGGAGGGUUUCACAACUAUAAAAGCAGCUCUGCGCGUUAGCCUACACUAAUUACGUUUUCCGCUUAUAGCUGCGAAAGUGACUCCCGGUUUUUUGGGGGGUUUAUAAAAGGAAAGAAAGUCCGUGUCAGUGAGAAAUCAUUUGACAGCAUCGUCCACGCCUCCCGUUUUGUGGAAAACAACGUGAAAACGCGCGUUUUGCUCGGGAGCUUAUUUGAGUGAUAAUUGACGUGAACUAACAGGGUGAAUAUCGGUAUGUUAACCUGAUUUUCUCCGUCGUCGUCGUCGUUCAUCAUCCACACUCCUCCGGGGCGCAGUAAGCAACAGCCGCUCACUUGGGGACAUUUGUAGUCCUUGAAGCCUCCAAGUCGAGGAGAGGGUUCCGUCAUGGAGUUGAGUUCAGUGAUUUUAACGACUGGGGGCUCCGUUGGCUUUUUUAAACUUGUCAACACUGGAUUCAACAAUCUGCCCAUUCCCGAGUCUGCCUGCAGGAAUGCAUGGAAAUGGAGAAAUAUCUCUACAUCCUUCGUCCAUAGUGUUAUCACUGGGAUAUGGGCGGUGCUUUGCUUUUUCCUUCACCCGCAGAUGGCCGAGGAUCUGAUAGAAACCCACUCUGCGUUUUCACAUGCCUUGGUCUCGGUCUCGAUCGGUUACUUCAUCUAUGACUUUUUUGACAUGGUGCUGAACCAGAAGCUGACUCAGUCCUGGGAGCUUCUCUUCCAUCACAUUGUGGUGAUCACCUGUUUCGGCCUGUCUGUGCUGUCGUGUCGCUACGUGGGCUUCGCCGUGGUGGCCCUGCUGGUGGAGAUCAACUCCGUGUUCCUCCACCUGCGGCAGGUCCUGCGCAUGGCCAGCCUGGCAGCGAGCACGCUCUACCGGGUCAACAGCAUGAUCAACCUGGGCACGUACGUGGUGUUCCGCAUCAACACGCUGGCCUGGAUGACCCGCUGGCUGGUGCUCAACAGGGACAAAGUGCCCCUGCUGGCCUACACCGUGGGCAGUGUCGGCAUGGCGAUCAUGACCGCCAUGAACAUCGUCCUCUUUUACCGGCUGCUCAGGAGCGACUUCCUCAAGAGCAGUGCCCGAGAGGCCAAGAAGGAGAAGGAGAUGUGAGGUGGCAGGGAGGAAAGGAUGGAGGAAGGAUGAGAUUCACACACAUGCACACACACAUACACACACACACACACGUUACUGUACGAUAACACCCUGUGGCCCAGAUUUUUAAAAGCUGGGAGGUGGACUUGAAGGGAUUUCCUUUCUGUGUGUCCAUGCCAAGAGGUGUAAUCAAAUGGCUUCACUACCCAUUCUCCACUACAAUGCUGUGUGAUGCAGGUAUGGCUCAUUAUGCAGAAACCUACAUUUCCCUUGACCUCCUGAAUCAGUCAGCAAAUGGCUUCUCAUCAGACAGUGCGUCUGUGUGUGUCGAGUUAGCCUUGGGUGUCAUCGUCUGGCUUAAUGAUGGAAGGAGGAUUCUUUAUAUGAACAAUACAAGGGCAUGUGAAAUAACACCAAAAGCCUUAUCCCACAGGGUGUGUCAGCUAAAUCUGCUCUAAAAUGUAGUGUAUGAGAAGUGGAGAAACACUGUUCACACAAUAAUAAAAUCACCCACACACACUUAUGCUGCCACAUGAAGUAGCUAUAUAAACAAAUCCAAAAUAUAACUAGAUCUAUACAGUAUUUUAAUAAUACAUAUAUAUGAAUUAUAAGUAUACAUAAUGUGGGCUAUUAAAAAUGUCCCACAGAUAAAGGUUGUUUAUCACUGAAUAGGGAGUCAAACCUUUCUUCAUGAACUCGUCUUUUAACACAAGCACUACAGAUGUGAAGAUGCCUUUUUUUUUUCACCAAACUCUCCUCAACUAAAAACCGCCUGUUACCUCAGAAAGCCUGUAGCAGAGCUUUGUCUCUUUCUAACAAAUGUUUUGCUGUUGGUGAACGUUCUUCAUUUUGGAGAACCAAAAUAAUAUAAGGAAAAAAGAAGAAGAAAAUUGUUUUUUUUUUUUUUGUUUGUUUGUAAUUUUUUGCCACAAUGGGUGAAUAUGAACUUGAUUGUCUUAACGCUUUUGUAGUUUUGAGCAGAACAUAAUGAAAUCCAGUGUGUGGAUGUUCUUGAGCCAGUACCAAUCCUCAAUCAUUUAAUUAGAUCAUUUUCAACACUUGAAUGAAUUAUUUGAAGCAUGGUGUAAAUCAAAAAUUACAGUUUUAAUAAAACACAACAUUUGUUUGUCAGUGGCAGCCGGGAUGCAGAGCCUCACAGUGUUAGUGGCAAACUAGUUGUGGUUCGCAUUUCCUACGUCACAGAAUUGGAUUACAGCUUCCGG